AUGGACGUUAACUACGCAGUCGUCGAUGACGAUAAGCCGAUCAAUCUGCCAGAUGUAACCGUUGAAGACUUCGCUGUCUAUGCAAAGUUCCUCUACACAGGCUUCCUCUUUACGAAAGAGACCAAUGUCGCCGAGCUCGCGCGGUGCCUGCAUCUGUACAAAGUUGCCAAUCACCUGGAGGCAAUGGACUUCCGCGAUACCAUAGUAGAUGCUCUCAUCGAGACCGUCCUUGACUUCCGUGCACUCAAAGGCCAGUGCCGCUUCACGGCAACUCACAUCACGACCAUCUACGCAAUGACCGAGGAAGGGUCUCCGCUGAGGAAGUUCGCGCAAAGCCUGUGCCUGCAGUCCAAGGUGCCUCAAGGCUUCGAGAGGAAACGGUUGAAAGACUUCCCAGUCGAUUUCCAACUGGACCUGCUGACAGCCGCUGCCCCUUUCAUAACUUCGUCCACCAAGUCAACUGAUAUGCCAGAUCCGCUGGACCUCGACAAAUCCUGCAAGUAUCACGAACACACCCCGCUCGGCACACCUUGCUACAAGACGAAGUAUCAGUACAUGUCUGACGAGCCUGUUGUUGAGGCGAACGUCGUGCCUAAGCCUCCACCUGCCCCCGUGAGCAGACGGCAGUCCGAACGACAAACCGAACGACUGGCGAGUAACGACUUCGAGUUAAGGGUUUGA